CCGAGGGAGGCAUAGUUCCUAGUAUAAUCGCUGGUCUUGAUCCCCCGCCGGUUGCAGGUCCAAGAUUAAUGAAAGAAACUGACCCUCUUAUAGCCAUGAUUAAACAUCCCCCAGGACCCAGGCCUUUGUCAAUUCUCGGUCUCUGUCGCCAUUACAAGCUACCCUGCAACAUGUGGUUGACAGAGGGGAAGAUACCCAGGGCUUUCAUUUAGCUUGUCCAGUAUUUGAGGAAGCUGACGCUCAAGGGAAUAUGGUCAGAAUCCAUCAGCUGAUGUCUUUUAAGCAACUCAAUGAGUUAAAAAUGGCCUGUGCGCAAUAUGGCCCUACCGCACCUUUUACUCAGGCUAUGUUAGAAUCGUUGAGCACGGAGGCGCUGCCUCCCGGAGAUUGGAAACAGCUUGCUAAGGCAUGCCUGUCUGGGGGAGAUUACCUCCUUUGGAAAACAGAAUUUUCCGAGCCGUGUCAAAGAACAGCUGAAUUAAAUCAGGCUAAUAGAAAUGAUAUUGAUUAUGACAUGCUGGCAGGAGAAGGGCAAUAUGCGGACCUCGCCAAUCAAUUAUUGUUUCCUGCAGGAGUAUAUCCACAGGUCAAUACCGCUGCCAAGUGGGCAUGGCAGAAGCUGCCUUCUACAGGUAGGCAGACAGAAGAUUUAUCCAAAAUUAGGCAGGGACCUGAUGAACCUUUUCAAGACUUUGUAGCCAGGUUAAUGCAGACUGCCAGUAGAUUGCUGGGAGAUUCUGAUGCGGGAUUGUUACUGGUCAAACAACUGGCUUAUGAAAAUGCCAAUACCGCCUGUCAGGCAGCCCUAAGACCAUAGAAAGGCACCAUUUCAGACUAUAUUAGAAUGUGUGCUGACAUUGGGCCUGCUUAUACUCAGGGCCUUGCCAUGGCAGCAGCUUUGCAAGGAAAAACAGUUAAAGAAGUGUUGUUCCAACAACAAAAGAGAAAUCCCAAAGGUAGGGUUCCGGGUCCGCCAGGGAGUUGUUUUAGAUGCGGUCAAAUAGGCCAUCAGGUGCGGCAAUGUCCCAAUAAGACUCCUCCAGCCAAUUCAAACAAUGCAGGGAAAGAAAAUGGGCCUAGACUGUGUCCCAGAUGCAAAAGAGGCAAUCAUUGGGCUAAUGAGUGUAAAUCUAAAAAGGAUGCCAUGGGAAAUAUUCUCCCGCAGGGAAACGGGAGGAGGGGCCCGCCCCAGGCCCCGUGACAAUGUUAUGGGGCACUUCAAACAUUCGUUCCCCAGCAAGGAAAUCUGUUCAGGACCUUUUCAGAGCAACCGCAGGCAGCACAGGACUGGACCUCGGUCCCUCCGCCUUCACAGUAUUAACCCCAGAAAUGGGGAUGCAGGCCCUACCUACCGGAGUUUAUGGGCCCUUACCAUCAGGGAUGAUGGGAUUGCUUUUAGGUCGAAGUAGCGCUACUAUGAAUGGUAUUUUGGUUGUUCCUGGGGUCAGAGAUGGGGAUUUCACUGGAGAAAUUAAAAUCAUGACUCAUUCACCUACUGGGAUUUCUGUGAUACAAGCGGAACAACGUAUAGCGCAGCUGCUGUUGCUCCCUCAAAUACUAACAAAUAAAGCAGCAAAAAGAGAAAAAAGAGAUGUUGGAUUCGACUCUUUAGAUGUUUAUUGGGUACGGUCUACAGGAGCCCAACGACCUGUGCUUACCCUGACCAUUGAUGGAAGAAAUUUUCAGAGUCUACUGGACACUGGGGCUGACAUCUCAGUUCUAACUGCAGACCAAUGGCCUACGGCAUGGCCUAAACAAUCAACAAUGACACAAUUAGAAGGAAUAGGUCAAAGCCAAAGCACUGAACAGAGUAGUGAUGUGUUACUUUGGAGAGAUGCCGAGGGUCAUCAGGGUAGAUUCCAGCCAUAUAUUGUGCCGGGGCUGCCGGUUAAUUUAUGGGGCAGAGAUAUUAUGAAAAAAAUGGUGUAUUUAUAUAGUCCUAGUGAACAGGUCACCCGCUGAAUGUUUGAACAAGGGCUUUUACCGAAUCAGGGCUUGGGAACUAAAGGUCAGGGGAUACAGGAGCCUUUAAUGCUGAUCCAACAAUCUCCAAAAAUAGGCUUAGGGUGUUUUUAAAGGAGGCCACUGGUCAGCCUGUACUCCCCAUGGAUCCCAUUACUUGGAAAAGUGAGGAACCCGUGUGGGUGGAUCAGUGGCCUCUCACCAAGGAAAAAAUUACAGCUGCUGAGCAGUUAGUACAGGAACAGCGGACAUGUAGCUCCUUCUAAUUCUCCUUGGAACUCUCCUAUCUUUGUCAUUAAGAAAAAAUCAGGGAAAUGGAGAUUAUUACAAGAUCUUAGAAAAGUCAAUCAGACUAUGGAAGUAAUGGGAGCCUUGCAACCAGGAUUGCCUAUGCCACCAGCUUUGCCUAGAAAUACUUAUAAGAUCAUUGUAUAUUUAAAGGAUUGUUUUUAUACUAUUCCACUUGCUCCUGAAGAUUGUAAGAGAUUUGCUUUUAGUGUACCCUUGACAAAUUUUAAGGAGCCUAUGAAGAGAUAUCAUUGGAAAGUAUUGCCUCAGGGUGUGGCUAAUAGUCCUACUUUGUGUCAGAAAUUUGUAGCUCAGGCAGUAAAUAAAAUUAGGCAAAUAUAUCCCCAAAUCUAUAUUGUUCAUUAUAUGGAUGAUAUACUUUUAGCUCAUGGACAAGAAGGCCCUUAUUAACAGCCUAUGCUCAUUUACAACAAGGUUUGAGGGAUCAAGGAUUAGUGAUUGCACCAGAAAAGGUUCAGACUGAACUGCCAUAUUCCUAUUUAGGACAUAAGUUAUAUCCCAAAUCUAUAUUACCUCAGAAGGUUCAAAUUAGGAAAGACAAUUUACACACUUUGAGUGAUUUUCAGAAAUUGUUAGGAGAUAUUAAUUGGCUUAGACCAUAUUUAAAAAUCUCCACUGGAGAACUGAAACCUUUAUUCAAUAUCCUCUGGGGAGAUUCUGAUCCUACAUCUCUUAGAAAAUUAACUGAAGAAGGUCGGAUGGCCUUGUGUGAGGUAGAACAAGCUAUAGAACAACAGCAAGUUCAAUAUAUAGAUUAUGCUCGAGGAUGGGCUGCCUAUGUUCUGGCAACAGCACAUGCUCCCACUGCUGUUUUAUGGCAAGAGGGUCCCUUGGUUUGGUUGCAUUUGCCUGUUUCUCCAGCCAGAGUGUUAACUCCCUAUUAUGAAUCUGUGGUGUGCCUAGUUCAUAUGGUGUGGGAGGAAUCUCGAAAAUAUUUUGGAGCAGAGCCUUCCUUAAUUGGAGUCCCGUUUACCAAACAACAGUUAGAUUGGCUAUUCCAAAAUGUGGACAUGUGGGCCACUGCUUUUGCACAUUACUCUGGAUGUAUAGAUAACCAUAUCCCCAAGGAUAAAUUAUUGCAAUUUGUUAAUAUUCAUGCUUUGGUGUUUCCCAAGAUUAUGAAACAGGAACCCAUAAAAAAUGCUCAAGUGGUUUUCUCUGAUGGGUCUUCCAAUGGUACUGCGGCAUAUGGUAUUCAGGGAAAGCCACAGAUUGUUCAUACAGCCCGCGCCUCUGCUCAGAUUGUUGAGCUUUGCACCGUCGCUGCGGUAUUUGAACUUUUGGCCCAUUAUUCUUUUAAUUUGUAUACAGAUAGUCAUUAUAUUGUUAAAGCUUUACAGGUGCUUGAAACAGUUGCUUAUAUUGAUGCUGCCAAUAAUCAAAUACAGGAGCUCUUUGCUCAGAUACAACGGUGCAUACAUGCCCGGACCUGUCCUUGUUAUGUGGGUCACAUUAGGGCUCAUUCUGGGCUUCCCGGACCCCUGGCAAAGGGAAAUGAUCUUGCAGAUCAGGCUACACGGCUAGUAGCUUUCAGUCAAUUGGAAUUAGCUCAGCAGUCUCACGCUCUACAUCAUCAAAAUAGCCACAGCUUAAGGAAGCAAUUCCAUAUAACUCGAGAAGCCACUCAACAAAUAGUUAAGCAAUGUUCUGCCUGUCCUACACAUCAUUCUGUCCCUCAUUAUGGGGUAAAUCCCCGCGGCCUUAAACCUAGUCAGUUAUGGCAAAUGGAUGUUACCCAUAUUGCUGAAUAUGGAAAACAGAAAUAUAUACAUGUAAGUAUCGAUACCUUUUCGGGAUUUAUUAUGGCCACCACACAAACUGGAGAAGCUACAAAACAUGUGAUAGCCCAUGGUUUAACAUGCUUUGCCACAACUGGGGUCCCUAUCAUUCUUAAAACUGAUAAUGGCACAGGAUAUACUAGUAAAGCUUUUCAAAUCUUUUGUAAACAGAUGGGUAUCGCCCAUAAGACAGGUAUCCCUUAUAAUCCACAAGGCCAAGGGAUUGUGGAAAGAGCCCAUGGUGCUCUAAAAAAUCAAUUGCAAAAAAUAAAAAAGGGGGAGUUAUACCCUUUAUCCCCACAGAAUUAUUUACAUCAUGCUCUCUUCAUCCUGAACUUUUUGAUUGUGGAUGCUCAUGGAUUGACUGCAGCAGAACGGCCGUGGCAUCCUAAAACUAAAUCAUCAUAUGCUCAAGUGAGGUGGAAGGAUCCCCUCAUGGGUGUAUGGAGUGGCUCCGACCCAGUAUUGAUAUGGGGACGAGGGCAUGUUUGUGUUUUCCCGCAGGACGCUGAAGGUGCCAGGUGGCUGCCUGAAGGAUUGGUCCGUUUCACGGGAAAUUCUCCUGCCCCUCAGGAUGAUCCCGACAACUGUCCUGCUGGUAAAUCUGAUGAUGACGCUUAAUGAGAAGGUUUAUUGGACUUAUGAACCUGAUCCACCUGUUGUACAUCCAACAAGCUGAAAAAAUGGAGAAGUAAUGGUAUGGGUGAACAAUACCAGGCUGUUGGAUGAGCCGGCGGCACCUGACAAGAACGAGGUCCGAUUGUUCAACUAUACAGGAUCGGAAACCGGAACCCCAUAUGUUUCUCCAAAAUCAACAGAACUGAUGGGAUAAGACUGAGCGCUCGCACCCUGGCAGGAAGGCAGAGGCUGGUAGUCAAUGACGGGUAAGAGGAAUACAGGAAAUCACCAACCUAAGACAGAGCAAGAGUACUGUGAUGCUCUUGACUCCAUGACAGGUAAGGGAUUUCUUUAUAUUCCUCACCUAAGACAGGCACAGCCUAUCUGUGUGAUCAAGGGACCUUGAUCAUAAUAUAUAAAAUAGGGGGAGAUGUGAAGAGCAGUGUUAGCCAUAGAGGCUCCAUGUUAAAUCUUACCCUCCACUGUAUAGAGCAAGGAGACUAUGUUAUGAGGAACCGUGUCCUUGCCAAAUUAGAUGUUUACCUUCAGAAAUUGUCCUGGAACAUGAUGAACGUUUUGUAAACCCGAGAAACAAGAAAGCCCAUGAGGGUGGGGAAUUUCCAAAGAACUAGAGAACAAGGAAGCAGGUGUCUUUGGAUAAGGGUCAUGAUUAAUAACCAAACUCACCUGUGA